ACAAUAUUUUUAUGCGUCUUUUUCGAAUGAAACCCUAGUUCCAUUUUCACGUAAUUUGAAAUGUUUACAUUUGAAUUAUUGCUCUGGUUUGAGAACAGUGAAUGGAAAUCGAUAGAAUAUUACUUUUAAUAAUUUUACGUUUAAUUUUAUUUUAUUUUAACUCGAUUCAUUUCUCGUUCCAUCGAUCGUGGGUCAAUCAUCGAGUGAAAUUCGUCGGAAAAUAAUUUUGUUCCGUACUAUAACUCGAGAAAUUCCAUGUCCGGAAUUGAAACGGUCGGCGUGUUCGAUGCACGUGCUCGCAACACACAGAAUCUAUAAGCAUAUUAAAGCCACGACAGACGUGCAGCCUGCUGCAAUUGUCUAUAUACAACGAACCGACAACGUAACGACAGGAAGCCGCAGGAGCGAGGGAAAAAAAGAAUAACGAUCUUGAAACUGGGUUCGAGCUAUAUUCAUUACGUUGUUUGAUAGGAAAUUUUUUACGCGACGUAGUACUCCACCAACUCCGUCACACGCCCAUACACAGUAUAUAUACAAGAGUGUUUUAUUAUCAUAAAUUUUUAAAUUCGUGAGUACAGCGACAACAUGGUGCUUCUGGGUGAUACCUUUCCAAACUUUAUCGCCGAAUCAAGCCAUGGAGACUUGGAUUUACAUAAAUACUUCGGUGACUCCUGGGGAAUCCUUUUUUCUCACCCCAAUGAUUUUACUCCAGUUUGCACGACCGAACUGGCUCGAGUGGCCAAACUUAUGCCAGAAUUCAAAAGAUUGGGAGUCAAGGUGAUAGCUAUUUCAUGUAAUUCCGUAGAAUCUCACAAGAGAUGGAUCGAGGAUAUCAAGUCCUAUGGAGAAUUCAUGGAAUUCCCAUAUCCUAUUAUAGCUGAUGAAUCCAGAGAUAUUGCGGUAAAUUUGGGAAUGUUAGAUCCAGCUGAAUUGAACAAGGAGGGUAUGCCAGUUUCUGCUCGAGCUGUAUUUGUCAUUGAUCCUAAGAAAAAAAUGAGAUUGUCAAUUUUGUAUCCAGCCACUACUGGCAGAAACUUUGAUGAAAUAUUAAGAGUUGUCGAAUCUCUUCAACUGACUGACAAAUUUAAAGUUGCAACUCCUUGCGAUUGGAAGAAAGGAGAUCCAGUGAUGGUCAUACCAACUGUCUCUGAAGAUGAAGCCACAAAAACUUAUGGGAAUAACAUUAAAACUCUUGCAUUGCCCUCAGGCAAACCAUAUCUUCGUAUAGUUCCUCAGCCAACCAGUGGUUAAACUAUUUUGGUUACA